GUGUCCAGUGACCCACGCCCUGCGUCUGGGGGCGACCGCUCUGCGGUCAGGGGAGAGUGUCGAGGGGCGGACCCGGGCCGGGCCGGGGGCACCCCGGGACCGCGGUGAGCCCCCUCAGCGUCCCAUCGGCUGCUGCUGGGGCUGCGGGACCCGAGCCGGAGCGCCGCCCGCGUUCCUGCCCACCCCGCUGGGAGCGGCUGGGCGGCUUCCAGAACUCGGGAGGGAGCGGGGAGAGGGCGUGCGAGGUACUGCAGCGGAGAAGUCCGCAGGGGAGCGCCGGAGGUGAGGGCGAGGAUUGGCUCCGCGGAGACGGGGGCUGUGCCCAGGGGCUAGCGAGGUCUUAACUCUCCGCUUUCCGGAGCCUCCGCGGGGAACUGCCCUGCUGGUAGCCUGGUUAUUCGUCCCUGUGCCACAUUUUUUUCAAUGUGUGUGUCGUCGAGUUACUUUUCUGUGUCUUGCGCAGGCUGGCAUCAAAAUCGAGAAAUGCGAUCGUGAGGCAUGGAGAUUCAGGAGGAACAACUGCAAGAUUAGCAUCCCCGAGGGGUUCGGAUAAGAAAGAGUUAGACAACCGCGAUCAGAUGUUAUCUCAGGGUACCGAGGUCCUUCCGGAAUAGGAGAGUGAGGUUCCACCCAGAAUGGAAGUAUGUCCUUAUUGUAUGAAGCCAUUUAAACGAUUAAAGUCUCACUUGCCAUACUGUAAGCUGGCACCUGCUGAUCACGUUUCUCAGUCCAAACCAGCCACACCCCCACGUGCCAAGAAAAACAAAACAGCAGUCAAAGACGUGAAAAAGAAAGAGAUUGCAUUGGGAACUGAGAUUGGGGAAAGAAAUCCUAGGUUUUUAAGGAACAAACCAGAAGGUGCAAUUAAGUCCUUACCACUACAAGAUGCUGGUUUGGGAAAAACAAGUAAUACAAAAUCAGACGAAGACACCAAGAAUCAAAUUCAGCUCUCCCUCAAAAUAUUAGAAAAUUCUGACCUGACUGUCACUUUUCAGGGAGAAACCAAGGCUCAGUUGUAUACAUCAGAGAACACUAUUCCUGAAAGAGAACUAGCCAACGAUGUGCCUAAGUCAGGGCACAGCAGCAGUCCAGUAACUGAAGUGUCUUUAUCUCUUGACCCAAUGAAACCUUUGUCCUCAAAUCAAGAUAGAAAAUAUCCUUCAGCCUUACCUGAUGAUGUACAGUCCAUUUCUGCCAAUUUACAUCUGGACGAAGUCCAUCCCCCAAGCAAGAAACAUAUAGUAAAAUUACUAGAAAAGCCUGUUAUUGAUUGUAAUUCUCCCACUGUUCUCAGUAACGGGGUUAAGAGUGUAAGAUCAUCAUUGUUCAACAAACAGAGAGAGCCCAAGCUCAGAGAGCACCUUUCGGACAUCUCUGACAUCAGAGCCUCUGAGCCUCAGGAAGAGAACGUGGAAUCACAAAUGUUGGGUUUUAAAAUUAACCCAUUAGGUAAAAGCCAAUACAAGGAGAACCAGAGAGUAAGUGGGAGCACAGAAAGUGCAGAGAAAAGUCUACGUGUGACGGAAAUGCAAGACUGGGUCUCUGUGAAUGACAACACCAGCUUCAUUACCUGUGAUUCAGCCACAAGGAAGAAGUCUGGAGAUGAGGGUCCCAGUUUCAAGGUGUUUGUGCCAAGGGAAACAACUUGCAAUGAGUUUCUUUCUGUAUCACAGUCACGUAAUCAAAGUCUUGUCUCUCUGGCUAUAAAAUGUCUUCAGGAAGAGAAAACAGAAGCCUGCAGUCAUAACCGAGUCCCUGACGUAAGAGCACUGAUAAAGAGUGAGGAUCAGAACUCUCUGGAAUCCAGAUCUGGCGCCUGGUUCCCAGCCUCACACCCCAGGUGCCGGCAGCAGUCUUUAUAUCCGGCCCAGCAUCUCCCUUGUCUGGUGGAUGACGUUGCCCACAGAAAGACCCUGUGUAGCUCCCUGGGGCUGGAGUGGUUUCCAGAGCUCUAUCCUGCUUAUCUUGGACUAGGGGUGUUGCCCGGGAAGCCUCAGUUUCGGACUCUAAUGGCCUUGAAGCCUCAGCUCAUCAGUCCCCGGGGAGAGAGCCUCUCACAAGUUCCCUUGGUGGAAAGAAGUUCGGCUGCUGUGAGGAGUUUGGAGCCCCCGACCAGGCUUACAACCGCCGGCUUCUCUCUAAUGAGGCUCUUGGGAGCUGUGCAGAAAGGCUGGAUCCAGUGCCGCACCACUGUGAGGAGCGGAGUCGGCGGCCUCACCAUGCUCGUCUCGGGCUGCUUCGUCCUCUGCUGUCGCUGGAGCUUCAGGCAUCUGAAACAAGCCGCUUUAACCCCGCUGGGAGCCGCAGCUCGCCCCUGUGCCACGGCCUGGCGCCUUCUCGCCCGCCUACUUCUGGCAUCUGAGAAAUGCGCACUCCUGGUGGCAACUGUAGCUUCCCCCAUCAUGUCGGGAGGAAGAUGCCUGGAUUUCAUGACUGUUGCUUAUUUUUUUAACGUGUUAUUUUAUAAAAAGAAAGUUAAAAAAAAUUAAAGCUGUUCUUAGAGAAGAUCAAAGACCCAGUAAUUUUCCAUUUCCAAAAUACAAGAUAGCUGUUAACAGGGUAAAGGCCGGUAACUCUCAGACCUAGUAAGGCUCCUGAAACAGAAGAUUUGACGCCGCUUGAAUUGUAUGGCCAGUUCAGUGAUGGGGACAGGUUCGCGAACAGCAGGGGCCGCGGCCAAGCCCUGCUUUGUGUCUCUGGCACACCCCUGACAGGGCUGGGGGAGGGGAAUGCCCACGUGAACCAGGACCCCCAGAACCAGGAGUUGUUUACUUCCCGGAGAACAGGGGCUCCCUCACAGAAUAGCCUGUCUAAAACAAGCCUCUUGCUGCUACCUGAGGUGGUUUCUCACCUUUCUAAACUGAGGCUGAAAAAAGGUGACACAGAAACAUCUCAUCGUGCCUAAAACUCUAGAUUGAUGAAACAAAAGUGUAACGCAGUGAUCUGCAGAUGUGGGACGGAACCGUCCGUGGAGGUGGCCUGUGGGUCCUUACGAUUCUCUCUCUAUCCAAAGAGCUGCAGCGCUGGCGUAAGUAAUGCUGACCUGGACACCACUCAGGAGCGUCCUGGAACUCCCAAGGAGGACGGUGGGGACAGCUGCGGGACACUUGACUAUUUAAAGUUGCGUUUGGGGCAGGGAGAGGCAGCGAAAAGAAUAACAUUAUCGGAAUCAAAUCAUUACAUAGAAAAUCACUUUUUUACCGUGGACAAAUCUGGUUCCAUCUGGAAAUGCCUUUGGGUUGAUCUCAGAAGUGAGUGACAGUGAAAAAAAGGUGGCUGUUGCCCCAUGAGACAUGAAGAUGACCAAGUUUCUCAUCAGAAUUCUUAAAUAGUUGCUUCCUGCUUUUUCAGUAAAAACUAUUUUAAACCUU